GAAAAACUGCAUCCGGAUGAUUCGGCAAUGCUUGUUAGCGAUCCUGUUCUUUGCCAAGAAGGUGACGGUCUCGUCAGGUUUCUCUAUUGGACCAGUCCUGGUGUGGGCGUUCGCGUCUGUUUUCGUCGCCCCGGUGCCGGAAAACGUUUCGACUGGUGCAGCGCGGAGUUGACUACCGGCGAUCCCGGUCCGGCCCGGAUCACGAUCCCUGGAUCAAUUCUGCACAAAUUCGAGCUGGUCAUUGAAGCGAGAAAUUUCAUAUUUCAAGCCUUCGGUAUGGCCGGUGGCCUGUGCGUCCUGGAUGAUAUCAGCUACACGGCUAAAGCCGUGCGCAACUGCCGAUUGGAACCCCAUCUGGAUGCCCUAAUCGACCUAUCCAGACAAACCUGCAUGGCGGUGCAGUGCUCCUUCGACGAGCACGGCACGCAUCCCGUAGAAGAAUGCUUGCGUAGAAACAUUCACGAAACCCCNUCUGCAAAUGCGGUUGGAAAUUACCAUACUGGUAUACGAAAACCACUCGCUAGUCGUUAUGCUUAUGUUCAUGGACCUGGUGCUAAGGUGUUCUGGUUGUCCCAGUUCAGUCUGCCACGUGAUGCUGUACUGGAAUUCUGCUACUACAGGGCAUUUCGUAACGUACGUCUCGCCAUCUACAAUGAACAAGCGCCGAGUGAGAAUCGAACGCAACUCUAUGAAAGCGACGAAAUCGAUAGUAACCCUCAUGAGUGGGUCUGUGACGGG